CUGCGUGAUGACGUCAUGUUUUUAUAUCGAUGGUUACUCGCACUUUCGACGGAUCUGAAUUGUUGACGCUAAAGCUAAAGAUUAGCAUGUCCUCUGUCAGUCACUGUGAGCAAUACAAACCCCAGUAGACAACAACAACAGGACAUAAAGCUGAGAGGGGACAACAUGUCUACGUGUAAAAGACUGCUUCACUUUGUGAAGCACAGGAGCCUGUGGACCAGUGUCCGGAGACAUGUCACCACUUGGUCUCCUGUGGGAGCCGCGUUCAAUGCCAAGCCUGUCCGGAGACUGGACAUGUUGGACAAGAGCGUGGGUUUGUUUGGAGUGCCAGAGCUGAGCUGUCCUGCAGGUUUCCAGAUCGCCACCGAGACGUCUCUGAAAAACACGGAGCUGCUGGUGGAAAAAGUUUGUUCUUGUCCUCCAGGUGCAGAGACUGUGGAGUCUUUUGACCAGCUGUCAGAUGGGUUGUGUAAAGUGGCCGAUCUGGCUGACUUUAUAAAAGUGGCUCAUCCAGAUCCAGCUUUCCGUGAGGCUGCAGAGAAGACCUGCAUAGCGAUCGGCACAGUUGUCGAGAAACUGAACACUAAUGUUGAGUUAUGCAAGAGUCUGAAGAAUUUGCUGGACAACCCAGAUGUUGUGGCUCAGCUGGAACCUGAAACAAGAAGAGUAGCAGAGUUAUUCAUGUUCGACUUUGAAAUCAGUGGAAUUCAUCUGGAUGACAAACUGAGGAAAGAGGCGGUCGCUCUGCACGUGAAGCUUUUGGAUCUGAGCAAUGAGUUUUUGGUCAGCUCUCACAUGCCCAACAGAAUUGCGAGAUCUGUAAUUCCUGAACAUCUUCACCUGCACUUUGCAAAUGAAGGAAGCUUCAUCCAAGUUGGGGGACUGCAUGCAGACUCUCCUGAUAACUUGGUGCGGGAGAUUGCCUACAGGAUUUACCUCUAUCCUAAUGCUGACCUGAUGAGGUGUCUGGAAGAGCUGCUGGAGUGCAGAUACAAAAUGGCCAAACUGGUGGGCUACAAGUCGUACGGUCACAGAGCCCUGAAGGGAACGAUGGCCAAAACACCAGAGACUGUGAUGAGCUUUCUGCAGUUGUUAACAGACAAGCUGUCAGACAGAACAGCAACAGACUUCAAGAUGAUGAGCGACAUGAAGAAGAAACUCAACCCUCGGAAUUCUGAGCUCAUGCCCUGGGAUCAUCCGUUCCUCAGCGGUGUCUUGCGUGCUGAAAGGUACAACAUAGAGCCCAGUCUGUACAGUCCCUACCUGUCUCUGGGUGCCUGUAUGGAGGGUUUGAACAACCUCUUCUCUCAGUUGUACGGUGUUUCCCUGAUGUCUGAACAUCCCAGUGCUGGAGAGGUGUGGAGCGAGGACGUCCGCAAACUGGCCGUGGUACAUGAGACGGAGGGACUACUGGGAUAUAUCUACUGUGACUUUUUCCACCGCUCAGAUAAACCUCACCAGGACUGUCACUUCACCAUCCGUGGCGGCCGCUGGUGCAAGGAAGUGGGUCAGUACCAGCUGCCGGUCGUGGUGCUGAUGCUAAGUCUGCCCCUACCGUCCAAGAGCGCCCCCACCCUACUCACCCCAGGCAUGAUGGAGAACCUCUUCCAUGAGAUGGGGCAUGCCAUGCACUCCAUGCUGGGUCGCACUCGCUACCAGCAUGUCACAGGAACCAGAUGUGCAACAGACUUUGCCGAAGUCCCAUCCAUCCUCAUGGAGUACUUUGCAACUGACUAUCGAGUCAUCAGCCAGUUUGCACGCCAUUAUGAAACUGGACAGCCUCUACCUGAGCGUAUGGUGGCUCGACUGUGUGAGUCAAAGAAGGUGUGCGGAGCUGCAGACACCCAGCUGCAGAUUUUCUACGCAGUCUUGGACCAGAUCUAUCACAGCAAACCUCAAAACAGCUCCACCACGGAAAUCCUGAAAGAUAUGCAGCAGCAAUUCUAUGGCUUGCCUUAUACUCCCAAUACGGCAUGGCAGCUGAGAUUCAGCCACCUGAUUGGCUAUGGGGCCAAGUAUUACUCUUACCUCAUGUCCCGGGCUGUGGCCUCAAUGGUGUGGCGACAGUGCUUCGUUCAGGAUCCUUUAAACAGGGACAUGGGAGAACGUUACCGUCGGGAGAUGCUGUCCCAUGGAGGAGCCAAGGAGCCCAUGCUAAUGGUGGAAGGGAUGCUGCAGAGACGACCCACCAUCGAGGAGUUUGUGGACGCGCUGGUGUCUGAGCUCAACCCGAACUUUGAGACCUUCAUCAUGGACUCUGAGAGCUGAAAGACGUUGCUGCUGACGUGGAAACGGACUUGAACCUUUGCUGCUGAGUCGAGAGGUGAAGGCUACGGCAGCGUAGCACUCACUUAGCAGCUUCACAUUGUCUGUAAAUGAAUUAUCGGCAUUUUAUACAAUGCUGCUCUCUCUAAAGGUCACAUUGACUUUUUAAAAAAACGUUUAAAAACAUUUCCUAAUAAAUGUAUCUAAAUUCA